AUGGGUUGCGUCUAUUCAAGGGUGGAGAGGGAGGAGGCCGUGCGGCGGUGCAGGGAGAGGCGGCGGCUGAUGAAGCAUCUGGUGGGUUGCCGGGCCAGAUUUGCCGCCGCCCACCUGGCCUACCUCCAGUCACUGCGCAAUACCGGCGCCACCCUCCGCCAGUUUGCAGAGGCCGACUCUUCCAUCGCUCCCGGAGACGCCGCCUCCGUCACCACCACGGGGGGCCGCCGUAUCCGUCCGCCCCCCUCUCCUCCUCCUCUGCCUCCCUCUCCCCCUCCUCUUCCACCCUUCAGCCCCGAGGAAGAAGCCAGAGGAUUCCCAUUCCCUCCCCGUGGACGGCGAAUCUGCAGAGAGCAGGAGGAGACGACCGUCGGGGACGAGAGCGACGGCGACGAGACCCGACUGCCGCCGCCGCCGCCGCCGGAGCACGGUUCAGCCUGGGGCCUGUGGGACCCCUUCGACUCCUCGCCGCCCGAACUGGCGUCUCCGGUCACCCAUAAGAACGCCGGCGCCGCCUAUGCCGCCGGUGCUGCGCCUCCGGCGACGGAGGAGGAAGACUGGGAGGAGACGAAGACAGAGUUUGACGACGAAGAGGACUUCGGGGAAGAAAACCCUACCGCCGCCGCGGCCUCCAUUGGCGCAGAGGCGGUCGGCCUCAGCAUGGUGACCAAGGGGAAGCUGCUGCCGGGGAGAGGGGACGUGGUGGGGGACGACAACUCGUCGGCGGUUAGCAGCUUGUUCACCAAGGAGACGGAUUCGUCGAUGGUGCUGUGGCGGAGCAGGAGGUCCUUGGCGGGGAUCGCCAGGGACCUGGAUGACUACUUCUUGAAGGCGUCCGCAGGGGGGACGAAGGUGGCGGCGCUUCUGGAAUCCCACCGGGGCUGCUCUCUCCACCAGCUCUUCGAAGAAACUGAGGGUAACUAACAGUCUCUACUCCUGUCAUCCUCUUCAAGAUCUUGAGGGAGCUGUUUAACCUAGCGGAUGGUUGAUCCUAUGAGCUACUAAAUUGCUCGCUUAGUUUAAAAAAAAAAAAGAAAAAGAAGAAGAGAGAGGGUUUUUUUAUUAUGAUUUUUCCAUGCUGUGGCUAGAAAUUGAGCUCAAUUCUUCAGGUUCUCAGUAGCUUAGGGUUUUUGUUAGCGAUCUAAUAAAUUAAAAAAAAACCUACAAUUUGGAGAUUUUGUUGGGAAUUUCUAGAUCUCAAUGGGUAUGUAUAGUUCAGUUGAGUUUUUUUUUUUUUUGCUAAAAUUGUAGAUUUUAUUAGUAUACCGUGUGCUUCACAGGAUUGUUCUGGUAUCUCUCUACGUGGAUCAUGGUCCUUUGUUAGUGAUCCAACGAGCAUUUUUUCCCUUUGUAGGAAAUGGAUAAUUUCUUAAGAUUUCACUCACCCUAGCUAGAAUGGCAUCUUGAUCCUGUAAAUCCCCUCCAGAUAGGGUUCUUGGGGCUCAUUCAAUGUGCAAUUUUGUUGAAUCAGAAAUCGGGUUCUAAAUAAGUAUUGUCCAUGCCCAGAUUAGCAUUUUCGCAAAAAAAUCUUGUUGCAUCUUGCAGAAAAGAACUUGGAAAAUCUCAAACUCAGUUGACUGGGGUUCUUCGUAGUGUGCUGAUGAAGAAUCUUUCCUUGCUAAACUUGAAGAGUAAAAGAUUUGUCAUGUGGUGGCGGCAUGCUUAAUUUAUGAGUUCCUUGCAGGAAGGAACUUCAAGUCUGCGAAGGUAUUCAGCACGCUGUCGUGGAGAUGGUCUUUAAGGUCACUGCCGUCUGGUGGCCCAGACUGCCCACCAGGUGCCGCCAUUAAUGCCCGGCAGCCAGGGCGCCAUUCCACUACCCUUGACAGGUUGUUUGCCGAGGAGCAGAAGCUCUACAAGGAAGUCAAGGUUUGGACCUUGCCCAUCCCAUGCACAGCUUUUGGCUGAAACAACUACUUUUGUCAAAUCUAGUGUGCUCAUUCGAACAUUUCUUCGACAGGAUGGGGGAAUUUCUUCAGUCUUCUGGGCGAUUCUUCAUUUUCUCGUCAAGAUUUCGAGUUUUUGCAUAAAUUCGUCAUUUUAUGUUGAUUGCUUUCUAGACUGUAGCAAUUUCGUCUGUUAAAAAUAGCAAGUUGUCAAAGAUUUCUGGAAGAACAUGUCCAAUGAGCUUCCCCCAUUUCCCUGAAAUAAAGACCCAAGAUGAUGGGAUAAUUUUUGCCGAUGAAAAUCACUGCUGAGAUAAUCAGAAGACCGGCUACGGAAUUAAAUAGUCAGUUAAUUGCGAGGAUUAACUCACAGAGAAUUUCCUUGUUCUUCAAGCCCGGUUUGCUCUGGGCCCUGAGAAAUUUCCACUUUUGGUCGGUCACCUUCCAUGGCCUCUGUGCAGGAGGAAGAGACGAGGAAGUUGGAAUUUGGAAAGAAGGUGGCCUUGUUGCGUAAGCAGGAAGCCAGGGGACAAGACUGGACGAUCACGGCAAGGACCCGCUUGAGUAUGGAGGAACUGCAGACAGAGAUUGUGUCCCUCCAGGAGUCCAUAGGCAGGACCUGCUCAUCCAUCUCGAAGCUGAGGGAUGAAGAGCUCCACCCUCAGCUGGUUGAGCUCUGCUCUGGGUAAUUUCUGAGAAUGCUUGUGCUGUUUUUGUGCUCCCUAAAACAUAGUUUAGAACUUAUUUAUUAUGUUGGAUGAGCUGUGCCCGGGGUAAUUUCAGAGAAUGGUUGGUAUUUUUAUGCUCUGUAAAGGAUAAUUUUCAGUUGAUUUAUUAUAUCGGAUCAGCUCUUCUCUGGGAAAUUUCAGAGAACAAUUGCUAUUUUCAUGCUGUCUUCUGAGAUGCAUUGUCGAAUUUUUUUUUGUUAUACCGGAUGAGCUUGAAACCUCGGCCAUCCAAGGUCAACAAAUCCUGAAUCACCCGGUGUAAAAUUUAUCUCGAGGCGAAGUGGGUCAACUCAUGUAGAACACAGACACUUUUUUCCUUUAUUUAUUUUCUAAUUUUUGCUAAAAAAUCAUUCUUUCUGAAUCACUUUUCAGGUUCAUGGAGAUGUGGCGGACCAUGUACCAGUGCCACCAGGUCCAGAACCACAUUGCCCAACAGAUGAACCAUCUCCAUGGGCUCUCAGCUGCCGAGCCGACAACUGAGUCACACAUCCAGGCCGCCUCCCAGCUUGAGACUGAGGUCGAUACCUGGCACAGCUCCCUCCAUGGCCUCCUCCGGGCGCAGCGGGAGUACGCCCACACCCUCAACCAGUGGGUGGGGCUCACCGACUGCCUCCCGGCAGCUUCCAAUGGGUCGGUCGGCCCUUCCAGAAUCUUCCGGCUCUGCGAGGAGUGGCAACUGGCCCUCGAUCGGCUACCUGAGAAGGUACCCACUCCUCUUGCUGAUCCCAUACUACUUGCGGGUUUCAGAUUCCUGGCCUGAAUUCGGGGCCUAGUGAGAGAAAGGCCCUCCCUUUGCACCUGAAAACAGGCUCAAAUGACCUCCUGGCUACUGGGUUCCUCUAUAUUUUCUCUCAAGUGUUGUGUUGUGUCGUCUGACCUUCAUUAUUGAUUGCCAGCAGGUGCCUGCCGAGGCAAUCAAGAGCUUUAUCUCGAUCGUGCAAUCGAUCAGUUCGCAGCUGGCCGAGGAGCACCGCCACCAGAAGAGGUCGAGCCGGCUCGAGAAGAGGUUGAUGAGGGAGCUGGAUUCCCUGGAUGAUGAUGGUGAUGCUGGUGGUGGCGUGGUCUUGAGGAUGGCGACAGCGGCCGCAGUCAACCCCCCGCCGGAAUCGGCGAGGCGGGCAAAGAUGGCUGCCAGGAGGCGGCGGGCCGAGGAGGAGAAGACCAAGUAUCUGAGCUCUGUCAGCCAGAGCCGGGCCAUGAUGAUCAACAACCUCCAGACCAGCCUCCCAAACGUGUUCCAGGCCCUGAUGGGCUUCGCCAGCGUCUGCGUCCCAGCAUUCGAGGGGAUCUGUCGGUCGCCUGAAGCAGUGGCGGCAGCGGCAGCGGGUGGACGGGCCAGUGGUGGCAGCUCACCGGCAAGAUGA